UUUCUAGCACUCUCCGCUUCAUUCCCCUGUCUUUACUCUCAAAAUCCUAGGUUGCACCAAAACGACACCGUUUCGUUGCCUUAACGCACAAGUCGUCGUUGAUGUGCGCCACCUCUUUCACUCGGUCUCCACUUUAACACUUUUUUCUCCAAAAGCCAGAUUCCUUCUUCAAUAACAGCCACUCAAUGUUCCAUUCUCUUUACAAAUUCCCACACUUUUCUUCACUAAUCGCAAGAAUUAGAAUCAGAAGAAGAGGAUGGGUUGCUCCCAAUCCAAGAUUGAGAACGAAGAAGCGGUGGCACGAUGCAAGGAACGGAAACACUUCAUGAAACUCGCCGUUUCCGCCAGGAACGCCUUCGCCGCCGCGCACUCCGCCUAUGCCACGUCACUCAAGGGCGCCGGCGCCGCACUCACUGAUUUCGCACAGGGAGAGGUUGUUGAUCCUCAAUUUCCCCCUUCUGCUGCCGCAGCCGCCGCCGCGAUUCCUGCUAUUGCGGCGGUUAAUGAUAUCAAGCCGCCACCUCCGCCGCCUAGCCUGGCAGAGCAGCCGCAGCCUCUCCAGCGUGCAACUACCAUGCCGGAGAAGAUGAUCAAAGAUGAAUCGAAGCGGGCAGGGUCGAAGAAGCAGGUUAUCAAAGAGGAAGAAGGUGCGGAUGGUGAUGAUGAGAUUGAGUUGGAGAAUAAUGAAGGGAAUUUGAGAACGAGGCGGAGAAGAAGUAAUCGAACAAUUGAGGAGAAGAAUCAGCAUCAUGAUCGUAAGCAUGAUCAUGAUCAUGGUCAUGGUCAUAGUCAUGUUCAUGCUUUGCAGCACACACAUCAAACCGCAGCUAUGGAGUAUUUCUUUCCAUCAGUGGAGAAUGUGCCGGGAACAAGCUUGAAGGAUUCAGAGGAAGUUUUAGGAGAAGAAGAACAAGAAGAGAAUCAUCAUCAUCAUCAUCAUAACAAUAACAAUAAUAAUCAUAAAAUGAGUAAGAAGGAUGAGAGGAUUCAUAAUCAUAGGAAGGUGUUUGUUGAAGAGAAAGGACAUGGAGAAAUAGAUGAUGACGAGGAUGUUGACGGCAUUGAUGAUGAUGAGCCUGUAGCUCCUUUACCGGACGAGGAAGCGGUAGCCCUGCCUCCUGCGCCAGAGGCUAUGGCUAUGGCCACGACAUCAUCAUCGAAAGCAUUGAAGAAGGUGAAGAUUGUGCCUCCGGUGGAGGCGAAGAGGAACGGGAAGCAGGGUGUUAAUAUGAUGCAGGUCUUUACUGAAUUGGAUGAUCAUUUUCUGAAGGCUUCAGAGAGUGCUCAUGAAGUUUCCAAGAUGCUCGAGGCCACUCGCCUCCAUUAUCACUCCAAUUUUGCUGAUAAUAGAGGACAUAUUGAUCACGCCGCAAAGGUGAUGCGAGUUAUUACAUGGAAUCGGUCCUUUAGAGGAAUACCGAAUUUGGAUGAAGGAAAAGAUGAUGUUGACUUAGAAGAACAUGAAACUCAUGCUACCGUCUUGGACAAAUUGCUAGCAUGGGAAAAGAAACUUUAUGAUGAAGUUAAGGCCGGUGAACUAAUGAAAUAUGAGUACCAAAAAAAGGUUGCCAUGCUUAACAAGCUGAAAAAUAGAGGUUCUAACUCUGAAGCAUUAGAGAAAGCAAAAGCGGCCGUUAGUCAUUUACAUACAAGAUACAUUGUAGAUAUGCAAGCCUUGGAUUCCACGGUCUCAGAGAUUAGCCGGCUACGCGAUCAGCAGUUGUACCCAAGACUUGUUCAGCUUGUUGAUGGGAUGGCCACCAUGUGGGGAAUCAUGCAAUUCCACCAUGAGAAUCAAUCGAGUAUUGUGACAGCAUUGAAAUUGCUGGACAUUUCCCAGUCUCCAACUGAAACAAGCGAACAACAUUAUGAGCGUACACAGCAGCUAUGUGCUGUUGUGCAACAGUGGCAGGCACACUUUGAGAAGCUAAUGAUUCACCAAAGGGAAUACAUAAAGGCUCUAAACAGUUGGUUAAAACAAAAUCUUAUCCCAAUUGAGAGCAAUCUGAAGGAGAAGGUUUCUUCGCCGCAAAGAGUUAGAAAACCCCCAAUACAUAGUCUUCUCAUAGCAUGGCAAGAUCAUCUAGAGAAACUUCCUGAUGAGGAUGCUAGGACGGCCAUAACCAACUUUGCUGCCGUGAUAGAAACUAUCUGUCAGCAUCAAGAAGAGGAGCUAGCUUUGAAGAGAAAAUGUGAGGAGACACGUAAGGAGCUUAUGCGCAAAAAACGGCAAUUCGAAGACUGGUAUCGCAAAUAUAUGGAAAAGAAAAUACCGGAGGACUUUGAUCCGGAGAGGACAGAAGCUAAUAAUCCUGAUGAGACUAUUAUAAACCGGAAGUUUCUGGUUGAUCAAGUAGAGAAGAGAUUGGAGGAUGAGGAAGAAGCUUAUGCAAGGCAGUGCCUACAGGUUAGGCAGAAAUCAUUGGGAAGUCUCAAAAAUCGGUUGCCAGAGCUUUUCAGGGCCAUGUCGAAUUUUUCGCACGAAUGUGCUAAAAUGUAUAGUGAAUUACGGUCCAUAACCCAAAACCAAGGUUUAGGCCAGAGGUCAUCUGAGAAUUAGUUUGUGUUGAAGAAUAGUUUUUGGGGGAAUGGUAAAUUAUACUUAAAUUGGUUGUAUCAUACAUAUACAUAAUGGAUACUACACUAAUACACUUGUUCUUGAUUAGGGAGUUGACACAGUGAUAUAGAAAUACCAAGAUUAAAUUAUCAUGUAAUUGCACAGUUUACAAAUUUAA